UUCCACUAAAUUUGACCCCUCUCGGCUGCGUUACAACCGGAAGUAGCGGAUAGCAUAGGAUUCGGUUUGUUUUGAGCCGGGUUUUUAACUCACGUGCGCGCAGCUCGACUGGUUGUCUGAUGCAUCCAGCGGCGGUAGCGAGUCUCUCUGGCUUGUGUCGAGUCACCGACCAUCUUUAUGUGAGUAACGCCAGAGCGGCGAGUCGCGAUUGUCUGUUGAGCGCCCACAACAUCACGUGCGUCAUUAACGUGACGGAGAGCGGAAGCAGCAGCCGCGGCCGACCCGUCCUUCCGGGCGUGGAGUACGUCCACAUCCCCUUGUCCGAUUCGCCGUCCGCUCCUCUCGGCGACCACUUCGACGAGGUGGCUGACAAAAUCCAGCAGGUAGCGCGGCUCGGCGGCCGCACGUUGGUGCACUGCAACGCGGGCGUGAGCCGCUCGGCCGCGCUCUGCAUGGCUUUCCUGCUCAAGCACCACGACGCCACCCUGGUGGAGGCCCACGCCAGGCUGAAGGCCUGCCGGCCCACGGCGAGGCCCAACAACGGCUUCUGGAGGCAACUCAUCCAGUACGAGUUGCAGCUUCGCGGCAGCGCGACAGUCCGGAUGGUGUCCUCGUCCAUGGGCGAGAUACCGGACGCGUAUGAAGAGGAGGCCAGAAAUAUGAUCCCACUCUGACAAGUGGGCGUGGGCGACUCUUCACCGUCGUGUCCACGUGAUGAUUAAUUAUCGUUUCGUCUGGACUCAUUAGUGCCAACUUCAAAAUCGAAGAACUGCAUUGGGAAUUUUAACGUUGCUGCAAAUCUGGGGGGGUGGCGGGGGUUGGGAACACUUCCAAAUGUGUCGAGUUUGCGCAACUUUGUCAACAUUACCUUCUGAAUGUCAUAAUCAUAUCUUGCAGGCACAGUUUUAACCCCUUGCCAAAGUAGCACCAUUUGAGAUUUUCACAUUCCAUCAUCGAAAAUGUGUUUCUGGUUUAAUUUGCAUUUUUGCCAAUUUUAUUUUCAACCCUGCUAACCCCCCCCCCCCCCAAAAAAAAAGCAAGUUUACUGAAGCACAUAAUAACAUCUCCAACAUCGAAAUGAAAACACCACCUAUUUUGCAAACAAAAAAACAUUCCUGAUAAUUGGUAUGGACAAUAGUUUCAGUUUAUAUUUUAUGCAAUGUACAUCUUGCACAGUAUUUAUAUAUUUCCAAUUGCUGCUGAAAUGAUGCAAAUUUCCCCAUAGUAGAACUAAUAAAGGUUAUCAUAUAUUACAA